AAAUUACAACAGACCAGCGAUAAAGGGAACAAUGAAUGUCGUUCAGUUAGUGACUUAAAAGAACGAUUUGAAAUCUUGAUCGAGAUUGAAAAACCACCGGUUUCUUCCAUUGAUGCACCUGCUUCGGUUCAACCUGGUAAAAUUGCAACUGGAGAUCCUGAACCGUUUGAAGGCGCAAUUUCAACAAAUGAGUCACUUGAGGUAAGAGGGAAGUGCUUGGGAACAAUGUUAAUUUUAAACUACCUAACUAUACUUUUUGCAUCAUGACAGACAAAAAUUGGUGUCCCUUUGGCGAAGUAAGUUGAUUAACAAUUUCUUCAGUUCGUAAUUAUGAGCAAUUGCCGUUUGAAACGAAACGAUCUGGACGCUCUGAACGCUCUCUUCUUUUGUAUAGUUCUUUACCAAAUUAAAUAACUGCAUGAAAUAAAUUUCGUACUUUCCGCCGCCAACAAAAAUUGCACACACGAUCUGAUAAGUGAGACGAUUUAUUUAUAACAAUGGCGACUGCGGAGUAUACAUUAAUGCUCAUGUGGUCGCACGACUUCCCUCAAACUUUGAAGUUUGAAACUGGUUUUCUGUUGAAAUUGUCCUAAUUUGCCUGUUCCAUUCCGAUUUUAGUUGAAAAUGCGCACUUGCAGAUUUGGCAAUUACUGAGGCCCCGUUUACAUGGGACCGGGACGAAGUCAAACCGGAAUGAAAAUUGAAAUUGUCAACAUGUUUACAUGAGACUGGUACGAAGAUCACAAAAUAUUCAAUUUAUUCCCCUUGCCAGGCAAUUUUCUUUUCAAGGUGGCUUUUACUAGCAUGUGUUGUUCCAAUGUCAAGAUUACAGCCGAGACCGGUCUGAAAUGUAUUUGUGUUUACAUUCAUCCCGGUCUGAAUUCAUGCCGGUCUGAAGUCAGUCGGUUCGGUCCAGAAGGCGGAAUGACUUGACACCGGUCUGAGUUAUUUUCGUCCCAGUCUCAUGUAAACAUCUAUUAUAGAUAAUACUAUGACCGAAACGAGAUGGUCCUGGUUUGACUUCGUUCCGGUCUCAUGUAAACGGGGCCUGACUGCGUUGCUUGCAUUUUUUGGAGUUAAAACGCAGCCAUUUAGACAUUGUUUCUGUUCUGAAUAAGCAGAGAAAACCCCGCAACAUUUUAAUGCGAGUUUAUUGUUAAUAUUUGGGUUGCUGUCACUGGUUCUUUGUUGACAAUUGACACUCGAAUUGGGGCGUGUUAGUAAAAGGGGCGUUUUACAACAUACCGGGUCUUGCUUGCACGCCCACUAUUCUUCCCUUGGGCCUGCACGCGGGCUAUUAAAAUUAAAAUAUUUAGACUAGUCUAAAAACUAAACGGAUUUUGUACAACCGGCCACUGACAAUUAGAGCAUAUAUGAAGCAUAUAUACUGAGCUUUAUAAUUGUGAUAAGCAACAAAACUCAAAAUGUAUAGUUAGCUUGAAGAAAACACUGUUCCAAUUUCUAUCCUUUUUCAUCCAAAUUGAAGGACUCUGCCAAAUUGUGAGAAUUCUGGUUGAAACACAAGGUUUUUCCGAUUGAAACUCGGCUAUUUGGCCUAGAUGCAUGGCGCUGUCAAAUGAAAAUGACAUUGAUACAGGUCUCCACUGUACAUUGCCUAAUUAAAAUCUUAUUUCUAUAUUUCGUUUGGUAACUAUGUUAAUAAUUUAAAUGUAUAAAACAAAGGUUUGAGUUCUGCCGUAUUCCCUUUAACAAACGGAUAUUUUAAUAUAAACUUAUUUUCAAUGUUUUUUUUAUCAGUAUAUGCUUCGAAAAUUGAGAAAAUAACUAAAAACACGAGUAUACGGGUUAUGAAUAUACUCUGAAACAACAACAAACGUUCAUGGCAAACGUUUUAAUUCAUGUCAUAAGUUAAUGAAGUUGUAGCAUUCCCCCAUUCUCGCAUCCCGCAAUUCCCUAUUUCCCGUGGCCUUCCAGGCGGUUCCGGAUUAGUGUUCCGUGUUUUAAUACAAGCCGUUUCUUUGAAUUAUAUUUAAAUAGAGUGUCUUAAAAAACCCAGCGGUUUCUUCCAUUGAUGCACAUGCUUCGAUUCAACCAGCUGGUAUAACUGCAACUACAAAUCGUGAACCACUUAGAGCCAGAGUGUCAAGAAGUCAGUCAUUUCAGGUAAGAGGCUGGGAAACGCCAGGGGCCGGUUGUAUAAAAACGUAGUUAACCUUAAAUGCAGUUAGCGUUAAUAACUACCGUAGUUAUAUCCUUAGCUGUAAUUAGUUUACUAUAUGAAUUAAUUGCGUUGCACAAAACGUACAGUAGUUAGUCGGAUGGUCAACUAAUCACGUAAUUAAAUUAACUGUGUUCGUGGUGCGUUUAACCACAAAAUUACAUAAAGAAAGCAGUGAUUAACGACCGCUGACACGCAUUUUUAACAUGAUUGUGGACUCGUAUCUUGCAAAUAGGCGGGAAUUUUAUUCAAAACAGUGAAAUAAAACAAAAAACAAAGAAAAACCGCCACUCAAAUCAUAAAAAGCAGUUUUUCUGUGAGAUGUCUACGUUAAACCAAGGCUCUUUGGCAAUUAUGUAUCAGUGUUUCUUGGUGUAAUGGACCCUACUUCGAAUUCGUUUUCAAGAAAUCGUCCAGCGCAAAAAUAUAAUCUGUUUUCGUAAAAACAUCGAAGCGAUAUAUUGUGAGAAAAUAUACAUAGACUAGUCGAAAUUUCAAAUAAGGAGCUUGAAAAAAAAACUGAAGGCAUUUUUUAGCAAAAGUUAAACAGUUUCUGAAUUUCUUGUAUCUGCUGAACACGUAAAUGCUUGUUACCAAUUUACGUCACGUAAAGUGACGUCAUCACAAUGGCAAAUGCAGAUAAAUAAAGCUUUUACUUGCCUAGAUACAACAGAUUUUGAUCCACUAGUGAUCAUUAACUGUGAUUAUUAGUUUUGCAUCCCAGAAUUUAUAAAAUUAUGGUGUGGUUGACACUUUGUUACGUCGUUGAAGCCAUAAGACGUCAUGCUGUCCCUAAAUUAUUUCGAAUGUAUAAACUGCUUGGAAGUAUUUUCUUUUUAAUUUUUUUGUAUAACAAUAUUUGGAUAACACUUAGCCUAUUGUUUCAUUUGUUUGUGAUAUCACUUGCACAGAAACACUAGUUUCCACAGAAACACUAGUUUCCUUAUCGUGCUUGCGUAUUUGGUAUGUGUGAACGCCAAGAUAUAAGAAUCAAGUUAGUCUGACGAUUUUUAUUUCAAACAAGUGCUUGAAGUAAAAAUACAAAGUGUUAUUUCUUAUCGCGUUUCUGUACUUAAAUCGUUGAGAAGUGGAGUUACUCAUGUUUUUGUAUGGAUAAAUAGCUACAUGUAAAUUGCAUUUUCUAAUAAUCAUGUACUGAUCUAAAAUAAUCGAUCUUAUAUGUGCCCGGUCGCCAAUUUCCAUUUUUAAUUGUGACAACGAGAGUAUAAUUGUUUACUUGUUGCAAACAAAGCGAUAGUUUUGUUUGCAUAUACGUAUACAAAGGUCCAUGCUUGUACUCGCAGUCUCUCGCUUACGCUUUCACUGGUUUGAAAUUAUUUACAAAUGGAUCCAGCUUUUACACUAAAGAGAACUUUAGAAGUUGAUUUAAAACUGCAUUUUUUGCCAAAAGCACGAGAAACCAAAAGAAAGUCUAAAAGAAUCUACUGAAUAAAGUAGAAACGUUAUUCGCGACGCUACGAUCAAACGAGGAAAGCUCUGGGAUGUCGCCAACACGGAGGUAAGUGAUCGUUCAGAUAAUCUACUUGAAACAAAUCAGGAAGAUUCGAUUAUGCGCAGCACACAAGUAAGAAGAAAAUCCAACGACUGGAACUGAAGCAUGUUGCCAGUGGCAGCAAUGAAGCUCCUCGAAAUAAAACAUCAAUCAUGCAGUGAUUACAUCAAUCAUGAAAUCCUCGUCAAACACGAAGUCACGCUCAACAAGUGAAUUGGGAACAGCGCAUAUUAAUUUGUCAAAAUGAACACUCAAAAGAACGAUUGUCAUCUUUAAUGACUUUCAAAAUGUGUGAAAAUGUCAUCCAAAAUGCACAAUUCAACUAUAAAGUUAGAGUGCUUUUGAGUGGCGUGUCUGAACUUAUAGCAGUGGAAGCAAAAUACCAUUACGUUGUCUAAGUGCAUUCAACCGAUAUACCGAAAAAACAAAGCGCGAAACAAAGCAAACUGAUCUAGCCUUGGUUUGGUUGUGUGAAAAGUUGGAAUAUGCUGCUGAAAAGGGUCAUGUGAUCAUGUUAAGCGAUGCAUGGGAAAGAUACACAACGCUAGCAGGAAAAGCACAAAUGGAAAUUUGUAGCUCAUUUUUAAGCCGAAGGUCAACCUUCAAAGAUAAGCUGCUGUAUUUUGAGACUUGCAAAUGUGAUAGAUUGUAUCGCAUCCCGUCCGGACGUGAAAGAUUUCUUAUUCCGAGUAAAUGCGCUAAUCUUGCUGCCAUACAUUAAUUCUUUGCAGCGAAUGUUAUCGUUCAUUAAGCUGGCGCAUCAGUUGUGUUUUUAUGUUUGUUUAUAAUGGUCUGAAUACUUUAUGCGGAGUUUUUAUACUUGAUCUGUUAAGAAAGGCGAGGGGUUACUGCAUGCAUGUAUUUUCUAGUACAACAGUAUAAUGUUUAACCCAAUGCCCUUGGAAACGAAUUAAUUGAAUUUAAACUAGUCACUUUCUUACAUUAAGGUAUAUAAAAUAUCAUUAUGGAGAAUAAUGAUCAAGAAUAAACUUGAAUUUCUGACUAGCCUCCAGAGGCAAAUUGCUCCAGGCCGAGGAAGCGGCAUAGCUUAUGCUUUUUUCAUAAAAUUUGUAUUUGGUUUAUCGAGGGUGAUAUCCCGCUUGUAGCUACGGAGGUUGUACCGCGAUUUUUGUUUAUGUCAAACAUAUUCGUCGUGCUAAUUGGCACUUCAUUACUCCUUAUCUUAUGUAUACCUUAUCUUAUCUUAUACCUUUCAAGGGUUGCCAUUGUAAUUCUCUUAAAACAUCGCGUGAUCUUGUUUCGUAAGUUCUACCAGUGAGUAUACGCACUGCUCUGUUUUUCAGCUUUUGCAGUUUGCAAUUAAGUAAUAACUGCAAUUAUCCCAAACAAGGCUGCAGUAGUAUUAGUAGCAUUAUAGACUUUUCCAAUGUUGUUUUUGAAACUAUUUUUUUUCAUUCGCCGCAACAUACCGAUACCUUUUGAGAUUUUGUUCUGUAUAUGAUUUCGAUUUGCCUUUCGCAAGUGAGAUACUCGUCUAUAACAACGCCUAUGGAAUCUGCUGUGUUGGUGUAAUGCACUCAGGUGAAUAAGAUGUUUGUGUGAUGUUACUCUGAGUGUAUAUCCACACCGGGCAGGCCCGAAAAAUAUGCCUGGCCACGGCGGGAUUCGAACCUACGACCUUUGGAAUACUAGCCCAAUGCUCUUCCAACUGAGCUACGCGGUCAGGACGGUUCGAGUAAGCGAUAUUUCGGAACUGAGUCUAGUUCCUUCGAUAUCAGUGUAAUCUAAUAUUUAUGAAAUCUGCUGUGUUGACCGCGUAGCUCAGUUGGAAGAGCAUUGGGCUAGUAUUCCAAAGGUCGUAGGUUCGAAUCCCGCCGUGGCCAGGCAUAUUUUUCAAGCCUGCCCGGUGUGGAUAUACACUCAGAGUAACAUCACACAAACAUCUUAUUCACCUGAGUACAUUACACCAACACAGCAGAUUUCAUGAUUAUUAGAUUACACUGAUAUCAAAGGAACUAGACUCAGUUCCGAAAUAUCGCAUACUCGAACCGUCCUGACCGCGUAGCUCAGUUGGAAGAGCAUUGGACUAGUAUUCCAAAGGUCGUAGGUUCGAAUCCCGCCGUGGCCAGGCAUAUUUUUCAAACCUGCCCGGUGUGGAUAUACACUCAGAGUAACAUCACACAGACAUCUUAUACACCUGAGUACAUUACACCAACACAGCAGAUUUCAAAGUAAUUGAAUUUAUCUUUGCAGUAAAUAAGUGUGAUUUAUUGUGUUCUGGAUAGUUUGUAUACCAGAUCUCUAAUCUUGAACAGUGUGUUUUAAUGCAUUUUUGUUUUUAUCUACAAGAUGGGGAGCCCCAUGUAAAUUGCUAUCUGAUCAAAGGCGGGAGUUUGUUGCGAAGGUAAUUUAUAAUUUGGUUUACCACUUUACCAUUUCAAAUUCAAUAUAUCCGAUUCUAAGUUUACUCUAACAAGCCUAGCAUCUCUCUCUUUGAUGCAUAAAGCCAUCUGGAGUUAAAAAGAGUGAACAAGAAAGUAGAUAAUUUAUUGAAACUAUUGCUGUGAUUUUCACAGGUGAACACAGAGAUCUGUAUGCAGUUGGGAAUUUCUCGUUCGGUCACCAGUGCAUACCAUCCACAAACCAAUGGACUUGAUGAGCGCACAAACCAAACACUAAAGGUGUGACUAGCAAAACUUAUCAAUGAACACCAAGAUAACUGGGAUGACUAUUUAGAAGAAAUAGCUUUCUCAAUUCGUACCCAAAAGCAAGGUUCGACAAAGUAUAGUCCCUUCUUCCUGAUUUUGGACGGCAUGCAAGGACUCCAAUGGAGGUAAGUACAAAAUGCAGUUUACAUAAACCAAGCAAAAUGAUUAUCACUGCUUCCAUUCAUAAAAAUUCGUUUCUUUUAAUUGAAGAUGGAAGACCCUUUAGACGAGGAAGAUAUCAAGCCAGAAGAUCCAUCUGCAGAAGAGUUUGAGGAGAUGGUUGCAGAAAGGGCUGAUAUGAUGAAGAGUGUUAGAAAGAAG